UAGCAAAGUAGUCCAAAGUAGUAAGCAAAGCUAACAGAAGCGAGCUAACGUCGCCUCAUCCAGAACGGCAUGCACACAAUUAACAGCUAAAGUCUCACGAGUUUAAGGCUCUUCCUUCACUCAGUGAAACCACAGACUGUUGUGAUGUCGGAGCCUAAGCCCCCAACCCCGACCCCUGGCGACAACUACAAGGGUUGGCUCUUCAAGUGGACGAACUACAUUAAAGGUUACCAGAGACGCUGGUUUGUCCUGAGCAAUGGGCUUCUGUCAUACUAUAGGAGCCAGGCAGAGAUGGGUCACACAUGUCGAGGCACCAUAAACUUGGCAACCGCCAAUAUUGCAGUUGAGGACUCGUGCAAUUUUGUCAUCUCCAACGGAGGAGCACAAACCUAUCACCUGAAGGCCAACUCAGAAAUAGAGCGGCAGAGAUGGAUCACUGCCCUAGAGCUUGCCAAGGCAAAAGCAGUUCACAUGCAGGCUGAGUCAGAUGACUCUGGUGAUGAUUGCCCAUCAGUGCCCCCCACCUCAGGACAGGGUGGGGGCUGCCGUAACUCAGAAAUCCAGUCCACUCUACGCACACUCAACAGCAAGGUGGAGGACCUCACCACCUGUAAUGAUCUCAUUGUAAAGCAUGGGUCUGCCCUACAAAGGUCCUUGUCAGAACUGGAGGCAAUACGUGUCGGAGGGGACAUGGGAGAAAAGAUCAAACAAGUUACGGAGAGAGCGACGCUGUUCAGAAUCACCUCUAAUGCCAUGAUUAAUGCUUGUAGAGACUUUCUCUCCCUGGCUCAGAGCCACAGUAAGCGCUGGCAGAAGGCCUUACAGGUUGAAAGAGACCAGAGGAUACGGCUGGAGGAGACCCUGGAGCAGCUGGCCAAACAGCACAACCAUUUGGAAAGAGCUUUUAGAGGAGCUACAGUUCUCCCAUCUUCAUUCAGCAAUUCCACUUUAGGAAACAAAGGUGGUUCAGGAAAAGGUGACGCCAGCGACGAGGAUGAUGAUAAUGAAUUCUUUGAUGCUAUGGAAGACCCAGCAGAGUUUAUUACAGUUCCUGCUGAUCCCAAAUAUCACAGGAGAUCUGGCAGCAACGUCAGCGGGCUCAGCAGUGAGACUGGAAUGGACGAUCAGUCAGUAAAUUUCGAUGAGCUGUCUUUGGCAUCCAAUCCAGAGUCUCCACAGCCCCAGGAGCUAGAGCCGGUUAGACAAAGAAGGACACGAAUCCCUGACAAGCCCAACUAUUACCUCAAUCUGUGGAGCAUCAUGAAGAACUGCAUUGGAAAGGAGCUGUCAAAGAUACCAAUGCCUGUAAAUUUCAAUGAGCCCCUCUCAAUGCUGCAGCGUCUGUCAGAAGACCUGGAAUACUACGAGCUGCUGGAUAAGGCUGCUAAAUGUCAGAGCUCUCUAGAGCAGAUGUGUUAUGUCGCUGCUUUCACAGUCUCUUCCUACUCAACAACUGUCCACCGCACAGGAAAGCCCUUCAAUCCUCUGCUAGGGGAAACAUUUGAGCUAGACAGGCUAAAAGAGUGUGGCUACCGCUCUCUUUGUGAGCAGGUGAGUCACCACCCACCUGCUGCUGCUCACCAUGCAUACUCAGAAAAGGGCUGGAGCCUCAGACAAGAAAUCACCCUGGCAAGCAAGUUUAGAGGGAAAUAUCUCUCUAUCAUGCCUUUGGGUUCUAUCCAGUGUAUAUUUGAAAAGAGCAACAAUCACUACUCCUGGAAGAAAGUGACUACAACAAUACACAACAUUAUUGUUGGUAAACUGUGGAUUGAUCAGUCAGGGGAGAUUGAUGUGGUGAACCACAGGACAGGAGAUCGCUGCCACCUCAAAUUUACACCCUAUAGUUACUUCUCAAGAGAUGUCCCAAGAAAGGUAACUGGAGUUGUCACAGACAAGGACGGGAAGGCCCACUAUGUGCUAUCGGGUACCUGGGAUGAGAAGAUGGAGUUCUCAAGAGUAAUGCAGAGCAGUAAAGGCGAGAACGGCACUGAAGGCAAACAGAGGACAGUCUAUCAGACCCUCAAAGCUAAAGAAAUCUGGACAAAGAAUCCUUUACCAGAGGGAGCAGAGACUAUGUACUACUUCUCCACACUGGCCUUGACUCUCAAUGAACCAGAGGAAGGAGUGGCGCCAACAGACAGUCGCAGACGCCCUGACCAGCGGUUAAUGGAGGACGGCCGCUGGGAUGAGGCCAACGCAGAGAAACAGAGGCUGGAGGAGAACCAACGCACAAGACGACGAGAGCGGGAGAGGGAAGCCGUUAAAACAGCAAGCACACCUGAAGAAGCUGUCUCUGAGGAUUCAAUCAAUGAUUCACCCUUAAAAACUGAUGCGGUGGAGACUGCCACAGAAGCUAAUGAGGUUUCAGAAGAAACUGACACAGAGGACUCUCUCUCACACGCAUCUGCUGCAUCCCCUUAUGGACCAUCUCCACACCCUUAUUCAACUGAAAGCAAGGACGGUCCUUAUGGAGUUCAAGUCAAAAGCUUCCAUCAAGACAACUACCAAGCCCUGUGGUUUGAGAAGGUGGACGACCAGGUAUCUGGAGAGACCCUGCAUGUCUACAAAGGCGGUUACUGGGAGGCCAAGGACCAAGGAAGCUGGGAUAUGUGCCCAGACAUCUUCUAAUCCCAGCAGAGUCAGUGUGUGCUGCACAAAUAGGAGGAUGGACAGAGAUGACUUAUCUUACUCUAGCUACAGUGGAGAAUCAAGACUGGCAUCUUAAGUGUCCCACAACUUCAACAAAUCUUCAUACAUUGCUCCUCUUUCAGGCAGUAACUGCUCAGGGCCGUCUGGGCUUCACUGUUAAUGUAGAUACAAUGUGCAGUGUGAUAUUGUGCAACACUGCAGCUGUGCAGAGUUCCCUGUCGCUGCCUCUGCCUCUCAAAUAUCAGUGUUUAUUUAUGUGUUCAUUCACUGGUCCAACAUUUGAUUUGCACAAGGCAACAGAAUAUUGUAAAAAUGUCUUUAUGCAUUUCCCUGAAAGCACUAUUGUCAAAGGAGUAUUCAUUCCAGUAUAAAUGUUAGGCUUCUGCCUUGCUUUUUAUUUUAUAUGUUGUUUCAUCGGCAUACCUGUUUCUGCAAUUAACUUCUUCUCCCUUAGGACAGAAGAGCCAUGAGUCUUAGUUUAAUCACACCAAGUGUCUGUGAGGGCCUGUGUCCAUGGAUCAUGCUUUUUGCACUGGAAGUGCUCAUUGUCAAUUCAAAACCAGUGUAGUUCAGUGUUUCAACACAAAACACCCCAGCUUCAGCAGUUUUUGUUGUGUUCCCAGCAGUCAUGUAAAUACAUGAAAAUAAUAGAACAGAGCUAGUUUAAAAGAAGCUCUACCAAAAGAAGCAGAAGUCCAAUUUGUAUCCUAGCAACUUAUAAAACUGCUGAGAUUGCUCUAAAACUGGGGCUGCAGGCCCCACCAGUGCAAAAUAACUGUUUAUGUUAGUGGUACUCAACCUUGCCCUAUUCAGAAUCCAAACAGUUGACAAAAUAUUUUUUCAAGCGCCAUAAUCACACCCUCUGCGACACCCCACCGUGUGUAUGGAGGCUCGUUGAUGAUGACAUAUUGCAAUGAUCAUCAUGAAGUAUGAGUGUAGGACAGCUCCAAUAGCAAGAAGCUGCAGAAAAAAAUAUUUAAGGUAUGAGAUACUGUAGCUUUUAUAUGAGGCAUCACAACUGAACCAGUUAACUUACUGGAAAGAUGCACUAGCUGACGUCUCUAUCACUCACAGGUAUGAAAUGGUAAUAAUAAAUGGUUUAAAAGAGGGCUUGUUAUACACUCGGGCCACCUGCUUAAGUAUUGGCUGUAUGUGGUAAACAAAUAGAUUGAUGUGACUUGGAAUCAUCUCUGCAGGAAGUUCUUCCCUUUUUGUUUCUUUAUGCAUUUUUAAUUGUUUUCAAGCAGGACUUAAAGAGCCACAACCUGUCAUAAAAUAGCUACAUGUAGCUCUAGAGCCACAGGUUUAUGGACACAGGCCCUCGAUAGCUGAAGCAGUAUAUACCAGUUACAGACCACAUCAUGGCUUUGAUGAUUCUUACAAAAUAAGAGAUGAAUACUGUGUACUACCAGGGAAACUUUUUGAACUUUAACCUCAUCUCUGUCCAUUAGGGAUGCGCAAUAGUUUCUGUAUGAUAUUGGUAUUGGCAGAUUAUCACUUAAAAAUCAAGUUAUCGUUAUUGACAUAUAUAAACAUUUCUACUAAUAACUACAAAUAAUAAUUUAGCUCUAAAAACCUGCCUGUAUUGGCCUUAUAAUCAAGCAACUUACUGGAGUUUCAGGCUGGACAAACAGACCUUCAUGAGCUUUUUCUUCAUUCAUCACCAUUCCUUACACUUUAAAGUGUGUUUAAAGAAUUGAAAUGUGUGAAUUUGCACAUCUCAUAACUCUGAAUUGUGUGUUUUAUGGACUGUAGUUUUAGGUCUGAACUACAUUUAAAGAUUGGUUUUAGCCAAAAUUAGCUUGUCAAUAUUGGCAUAUCACAUAUUGGCAAAAAUCCACUAUCAUGCAUCCCUACUGUCUAUACUAAUUGGCUUUGAGGUGCAGCUUCCAACAGCAAAAAUUGGAAAUAUUUUCUGUGCUGACUGACAGAUGUUCAGCUGUGAUUAUUCAAGUCAGAAUAGCAGCAGAGUAAGACAGAGAUUUCAGCUGCUUGAAUGCAAUGAAUCAUUGCUAAUGGACACAGCCAGCAUAGCUUUUUUGAUCAGUACAGCACGCAAUGAAGACUUCAGCCUCAAUUUUCAAAGCUGCCUCUCUUGAGAGAUAUCCACAUAUAAAGUAGAUAUUUUCCUCAUUGCUAAACUCUGUGGUAAGGCAGUGAGAAUGUAUUAUGAUUAAGAUUUACUCUUCAUGAAUAAGCCCAGAAAAUUCCUCUUAGUCUUUUUUGAAAAACUAAAUAAGGGUCUGAAAUGUGCACAUAUUUUGAUCUGUAACUAAGCUUUUUUUUUUUUCUU